AUGGCUCUUCCCCACGGAGUAUUUGAUUAUUUACAAUCAGAAUACGGAUUGGAAUGCGAAUGUUUCGCCAGUCCUCUCAAUCGAUACGCGAAGAUCCAGAACUAUUGUAGUCAAUUCAAAGACACAGACGAAUCCUUCGGUUCUUUGGGGAGUUUCUUUGAAUUUUGGCCGGAAGAAGGGGCGUUCGAGUGCAAUCCUCCCUUCGUGGAGGAGUGUAUGAUUCAAAACAUCCAGCAUGUCUUGCAAUGUCUGAAGAAGGCCGAGGAAGCCAAGAAGUCGCUCAUGUUUUUUAUCAUUGUUCCAGCGUGGAAAGAUGAUUGUGAGUCGUAUCGGUUAACAACUGAAAAUGACUACAAAGUAUUGGAAAUCGAGAUGAAGAAAUAUGAGUACUUUUAUAGGAAUGGAAUGGCACACCAAAAGGAUUAUACUGUGAUGGAUGUGCGGAGUGAUUCGUUAAUGCUGGUCUUGCAAUCCUCCGAAGCGAAAAAGGAGCAUGAGAUCGAUGGUGAGAAAUUUGAAAAGGAAAUUCGAAGCAAAUGGGGAAUAGAGAGUGAAGAAUAUAUGAAAGGAAAGAGAGAAAGUAAUCCGAAUCGUAAAAGACAAAGACAAAGACAAAGACAAAAUGGAUAUGAAAAGGACAAUUAUCAUGAGCGACAAAGACAAAGUGAUUAUUAUCGUAAGCGAUCAAGACAGAAUGAAUAUGAAAGAGACAAUUAUCGUAGUCAUAAGCGGUCAGGACAAGAUGAAAAUCAUGAAGAUAAUGGAUCGAAGCGAUUAGAAUAUAGUGGACAUCACUAUAGUAAAUCUGUUGAGGAAGGACACAGUCAUUGAGAGCUUGAUUAUGUUAGUAAGGAGUUAAUAUAGCAAUU